GUGCGUAAACUGAACUGUUCUGCUGUGCGACCAUGUGUGUCCUGUGGUGUGCGUAGAAUUGCAGGCGACACGGUACUCAUUAGCCUGAUGAACAGUAGGUCAACAUAUGAUUGAAUGAAUAACUACCCUAAGUGGCUAAGACCUUCGCCUUUACUGGAAUAGACUAAAGAACGGUUCUCUGGGCUUCAGCUCUGUGUCAUCAUGCCAUUUCAAAAGGGCGAAGAAUUUGAUGAAUAUUUAGCUUGCAAUAAGAUAACGUUAUAGCUACAGCUGCCAGGUAAAGUGAGAUGAACGCCCUAAAGACCGAAGUGAACGGCAUAACGCCGUUCCAGCAGAUGAUCUCUUCUUGCUCUGGGGCUAUCCUCACAUCACUGCUCGUCACACCAUUGGAUGUUGUGAAGAUACGACUUCAAGCUCAGAAAAGUCCGUUUUCCAAAGGUAUUCUGUUUAAUUUGGCAUUUUUUAUUGAAGGCAUAUAUAAUAAAUUAUUUUCUAAGACAAGCAGAUUUUUUGAAGUAUGUUCUUUUUUUUUUUUUUUACCAGGAAAAUGCUUUGUGUAUUGCAAUGGACUCAUGGACCACCUCUGUGUCUGUGAAAAUGGGAACUCCAGGGCGUGGUAUAAAGCCCCUGGACAUUUCACUGGAACUCUGGAUGCAUUCAUUUCCAUUGUUCGCAGAGAGGGAAUCAAGUCCUUGUGGAGCGGACUCCCCCCAACACUAGUCAUGGCAGUACCAGCAACUGUCAUCUACUUCACCUGCUAUGAUCAGCUGUGUGCAUUACUGAGGACCAGGAUGGGCAGACACUCUGGGGCGGCUCCGUUACUGGCAGGCGCUAUAGCCAGAGUGGGCUCAGCCACGGUGAUCAGCCCCCUGGAGCUGAUCCGUACGAAGAUGCAGUCCCAGAAGCUGUCCUACAGAGAGCUGAGCGUCUGCAUCCGCACCUCAGUCCAGAGCGAGGGCUGGCUCUCCCUCUGGAGGGGAUGGGGUCCCACGCUGCUCCGGGAUGUUCCCUUCUCAGCCAUGUACUGGUAUAACUAUGAGCAGGGGAAGCGCUGGCUUUGCCAGCACUACAAGACCACGGAGCCCACCUUCACCAUCACCUUCAUCGCUGGAGCGGUGUCUGGAUCUAUUGCCGCCAUUGCGACCCUGCCCUUCGACGUGGUGAAAACGAGGAGGCAGAUUGAGCUCGGAGAGCUUCAGGCUUUGAAUCUCAGCGCGCAGACGUCUCCUUCCACCCUGAGUGUGAUGAGGAGAAUAGUGGCGGAGAACGGCCCAACAGGACUAUUUGCAGGGUUCCUGCCCAGGUUGAUCAAAGUGGCCCCUGCAUGCGCCAUCAUGAUCAGCACGUACGAGCUCGGGAAGGCCUUCUUCCGCAAACGCAACCAUGACAGAGCCCGGCCGACAGUCCAGGCCAGCUCCUGAGCACUGGGGCCCCGGGCCGGCCAAUCACAGGACGCAGAGUACGGGUCCCUGUGGGUGGAGCCGGCACAUCAGCAAAUGGCUUCAAUCGGUGCUAAAACCUAAGGGAAUAAGCACAACAUGCGUUGACUCCACUUAUCCCAGUGAGGGAAGAUCAGAGUAGUCCAGAACCUUUUUUUACGAGGGAAAACCUCAGCCUUGAACAGCAGAUGAAGUCUAGCCAGUGUGCUCAGACAUUUAUGUGUGUGUCUGCGUGUGUGUAAGCAUGUAUCUGGGUGGAUUCCUGUAUUUAAGUCUGGCAGCCUGUGCUGAAGCCCUGUUUGUAGGGACUGCAGUGAAAUGGAUUUGAGCUGUUCUGGCUCAGCCGGUUUUAGCGCCAGUUUGUGCCAAUCAGGUUCCAGAUCUGUGGUGGUAAGGGGGGUAUCACUGGGUCCGAACAAAGCGUAGUUUCAUAUGUUUGUGGCUGCGUUCUCUUCAGUGUGACCACUUUGUUGAUGGCUUUGAACAUGAAGUUUAAGCGAGUGUUGAAGUACUGAGGCCUAAGUGUCUAAGCAUUGUACAUUUUUAUGUAAAUAAAUGUCAGUGUGUUCAGACUUGAAUAUGGAAUAUUAUUUACUUAAUAAUAAUAGUAUUAGAAAAAUUUCCAGUUUUUUAAAAGCAUGUGACAAAAUUCCAGAGUUCCCACAAUCAAAAUGAAGUUGUGGUAGUGGGCAGCAUGGCUCAUGAAAUAAUCAUCAGAUGUUUCUCCAGAUGGUGAAAAAUGUGUUGCACAUUUUUACUGUGGAAAAAAACCGAAUUAUCCUGUGUUCAUUGGUAGUCUGGAUAAUGUUCCACAGUAGCUGAUUUUACAUCUUUAGAGUCUCUUAAUCAGGGAAGAGGCAACAGUGCACUCUUAGGUUAUCUCCAGUUUAAUUUUUGAUUUGUAUUAUAAUCAUAAAUUGCAAAACGUUUAAUUAUAGGUUUCCAUUCUUGACGUUUUUAAAUGUAUUGGUCAAGAAUGAAGUCGUCAGAAUAUCUGGACUCUGUUCAAGUCUGCAAUAUGCCAAGUGUUUUAGACUGCACUAUGAAAUUCACUUAAGGUUUAUGUGAUAAGGAUAUUCUUAAUGUAUUGAAAAUAAAAUAAUAGAUUUGGUAUUCAAAUCUUUUUGAACUUGCAUUUAAGUGCAUUAAUAGUUACACGUUGGGCUUAAAUCAAAGCAAUAAAGUUUCCUUGGGGAUUUUAUAAAGUGAAAAAUAAACAUAGCUUUAAAUGAACAUUUGCAUUUCUUGGCUCAUACACCAGGAGAAGCUUGUCUGUCUGCUGUCCGGAGUAAAAAAAAAGAAAAAAGUAGCAACCAUAGCAUCCAGGCUAACCAGCAGAACAGCAAAUAGCAGAAUUCGCUCUCGGGUCUGCUACACGGAAUCCGGACUCCCGUUGUGUUCAGUGGUCUCUUCAUUCAGGGAUACAGAUCAUCUGGUUCCUUUUCUCAGCUGAACAAUACCCAACCCAUACAAUGGUAAAAUUACCUCAAAUUAUUCAUCUUCAAAGGUACCACUGAAUAUUUUCAUCCGGCUUUGAUUUUUUGACUUUGUUCAAUAAUUUAUUGAGAUAUGUGCCAAACCAAAGAAAAUUAUAAAUAUUGCAAUGUCAGGUCAAUCCUUUUCUCUGUACUCAUAUCAUUAAAAUGAUUUCAGAUAUUGUAUUUUUAUUCUGGAAUACAUGCACUCU